GUACCCGGUUGGUCAGGCCGGAGUGGGCCCUAGAAGGACGUGAGCAGGGUCGGAGCAAGAUGGCGGUGCAGGCGGUGCAGGCGGUGCAGGCGGUUCAUCUGGAGUCUGACGCUUUCCUAGUUUGUCUCAACCAUGCUCUGAGCACAGAAAAGGAGGAGGUGAUGGGGCUGUGUAUAGGGGAGUUGAAUGACGAUACAAGGAGUGAUUACAAAUUUGCAUAUACUGGAACUGAAAUGCGUACAGUUGCUGAAAAGGUUGACACCGUCAGAAUUGUUCAUAUUCAUUCUGUCAUCAUCCUGCGACGUUCUGAUAAGAGAAAAGACCGAGUGGAAAUUUCUCCAGAGCAGCUGUCUGCAGCUUCAACAGAGGCAGAGAGGUUGGCUGAACUAACAGGUCGCCCCAUGAGAGUUGUUGGCUGGUAUCAUUCCCAUCCUCAUAUAACUGUUUGGCCUUCUCAUGUUGAUGUUCGCACACAAGCCAUGUACCAGAUGAUGGAUCAAGGCUUUGUGGGUCUUAUUUUUUCCUGUUUUAUAGAGGAUAAAAACACGAAGACCGGCCGAGUACUGUACACUUGCUUCCAAUCCAUACAGGCCCAAAAGAGCUCAGAGUAUGAGAGAAUCGAAAUCCCAAUCCAUAUUGUGCCUCAUGUCACCAUUGGGAAAGUGUGCCUUGAAUCAGCAGUGGAGCUGCCCAAAAUUCUGUGCCAGGAGGAGCAAGAUGCAUAUAGGAGGAUUCACAGCCUUACACAUCUGGACUCAGUAACCAAGAUUCAUAAUGGCUCAGUAUUUACCAAGAAUCUGUGCAGUCAAAUGUCAGCAGUCAGUGGGCCUCUCCUGCAGUGGUUGGAAGACAGACUGGAGCAAAACCAACAGCAUUUGCAGGAGUUACAACAAGAAAAAGAAGAGCUUCUGCAAGAACUCUCUUCCCUAGACUGAAGCAGCUGACAAAAUGGGGACAGAUGAAAAUACCCUGCAUAUAAUUAAGAUAAACCAAUUUUGAUGAAACAAAACGUUAGAGGAUUCAUAUUACCUGAUGUCAUGAAUUUUACUAUAAAGCUACACUAAUCAAAAUGGUAUUGGCAGACAGAGACUCACAGAUCAAUGGAACAGAAGAUAGAACCCAGAAAUAGGUUCAGAUAAAUAUCCCCAACUAAUUUUGACAAAAUUCAAAAGCAGUUUAAUGCAGAAAAGAUACAUUUUUCAACAAAUCAUGCUGAAGCAAUCAGAUGUCCAUAGGCAAAAAACAAAACAAAACUCAAGUAAAUCUCACACAUGCUAUAAAAUGUACCUCAAAAUAUAUUAUGGAUUUAAAUGUAAGACGUAAAACUGUACAACUUUAGGGAAAAAGUCAUAGCAGAAAAAUCUUUAGGAGCUAAGUUAUUGAACUUCAAAAGUAUGAUCUGUAAGAGAAAAAAGUUGAUAUGUUGGACUUCGUCAAAAUUUUAAAAAUCGCUCUGUAAAAAAUAUCUCAGAAGAGGAAAAGAUAAGCUACAAAUUGAAAUUAUUUGCAAACAAUAGAGUGCCUGAUCAAUGUGGAAAUGCA